UAUGCCUGGCAACGAGCCACUCUGAACCUUGCAUUAGUUCCUUGCGAUUGCGAGCUCGUGUUCGCAAAAGAACGUUCUGGACUAGUGGCAACCCCACACCCAAUAGAAUUAAUAUCUCCCUAUCGAUCUUUAUUUUAUGUGGGCGUGUAGGAGUACCUAAGGUACAAGGGGAUACAGUCUGAUCAGUUGCGGAACGAUCGACAUGGAGGACAAGCAAAGUAAAUGUCAUGCGGACGAGAUUCCCAGAGGAGAAAGAGGAAGCGGUCUCGAAAGCUUGUCACCUGUGUACGCUGACGAGGGAGAAGUCAAGUUGCAAGACAUCAGCAUACCCGAACAUUAUUCUCAUGAUGACAUCUGGUACAAGAUGGACAAUCUGAACGCAGGAAAAAAGUGUGGAAUAUGUGCCAUCAUAAAAGUUAAGAGUCCUGACACGCAAGAACAAUCGGGAGCUGAAGCAGACGCCAAGACCAUAGAAAGUGUAUUUGGUGGCGUCAUUGGCUUUGACGUUAAAGUUUACCACGCUUCCGCACCAGCGGAUAUCCGCGAAAAGCUCAAAACGUGUAAAGACUAUAUUGAGAAGGAUUCAUCGAGAGCAUCAGAUUGCUUCGCCUGCUUUGUGUUGGGUCACGGCAAGGAAGAUAUCACGUUCCCUUUCGGCGGCGAACUGAUUGACCUGGAAUACAUCUACGACCAGUUCAGUAACAAAGUCUGCACGAAGCUUCUUGGGAAACCCAAAUUGUUCUUCUUACACGUAAGCUUUUCUAUCGUAGCCUCAGGUAAUGCGACAAGCAUGCCGAGCAAAUGUGUAUUUAUACCAUAGAAUACAAGGCGGUUAUAUUUAUUAGAACAAGAAAAAAAAAGGAGGAAAGGUAAGCCAAACGCGACGUCGUCUUGCCAUUCCGAAGUAAAUAAAUAAAAGAAAACUAAAAUAAAAAGAAAAGAAUUAGGAAACAAAAGCUAAGCUAACAAACGAUGAAGGGGGAGUGAUGUAAAUUAAAGAAAAUGUUGGCCUUUAAAAAGAUGGCUAUCAAACGAUGAAAGAAGGGUGAGAUUGAAUAAAGAAAAGAUGACUUAAAAAAGCUGAAGUUCUUGCGUUGAGGGUGAGGGUGGGACACUGAAGAAUGAGACCUGUGCAGCUCAGGAACAUCAAAACUGUUGUCACAGAGCGCUGUGUGGGGUGUCGUACUGGGCCGAGCAGAGUGGCCAGAAAAAUGCCUGUGCAUCGCAGUUCGAGUAGGCGUCGUCUGAGCGUGACUCGAGGAGUGUCUAAUCUCAUUGUCGACGGGACAUGGAAUAUCAGC